UCGUUGGCAUCAUCCUGUCCAGCAUUUACUUCGACAUCAUACGCGUUGAGCCACCAGAGCGCGCGCUGCAUAUUGUUUCUACCUUGGUACCGCAAUCAUAGCAAUGAGCACCCAGCAGGCUCGUCAACGCCGGCAGCCCCUCGGUGAUGCCACACACCGUGCCAACGAGCGCAGCACUGCACGCCCUCGCCCCGAGAAACCCAGCUCGGGUCGGAUAGCAAUCUCGUCUCCGCGUCAACUCCCGCACAACGAGUCUCUUGUACCAAAUAGCAAUGGCACCCUCACUGUUCGUCAUGGUCUUCAGGCUCCUUCUCCAGGCCCAGAAAACAAGCGGAUCUCUGCUGUCGUCAACGAAGAAACGCGUCCUCAUAACCCCAAACGCGACUCCGAAAUCUCCAAUGCAAGCACCAACGCGUCCAAUUCGGCCCGUCGGCGCAAGACACAUAUUGGCCCGUGGCAAUUGGGCAAGACGAUUGGGCGUGGAGGAUGCUCCCGCGUCCGUAUCGUGCGCCAUAGUCUUACCGGAGAGCAUGGGGCAGCUAAGAUCAUCUCGAAAACCAUUGCGGAGCAGGUUCGUGCUCUGAGCUUGGCUAAUCUCUGCGAAAGUGCCGCAAAUGGGGACCCCUCUCUCGCCGGUAGUGGAUGCAAGCUCAUACCUUUUGGACUCGAGCGGGAGAUAUGUAUCAUGAAGCUGUUGGAUCACCCGAAUAUUGUUCGUCUGCAUGAUAUCUGGGAGAAUCGAAACGAAAUCUACUUGAUUAUGGAAUAUGUCGAGGGCGGCGAACUCUUCCACUACAUUGGCGAGCAGGGCAUGCUUGAAGAGAUCGAGGUCGUCUUCCUUUUCCGCCAAAUCCUAGCGGCCCUCGAGUACUGCCACCGUCUUCAUAUCCACCACCGAGACCUGAAGCCUGAGAACAUACUGUUGGAUAGGAGGACAAUGCAAAUCAAGCUCGUCGACUUCGGCAUGGCGGCGCUGCAACCCCAGGGGAAGAUGCUCACUACCCCUUGUGGAAGUCCGCACUAUGCUGCACCGGAGGUGAUUAUGACGACGUCUUAUGACGGUGCUAAGGCAGAUAUAUGGAGCUGUGGUGUCAUACUUUUCGUCAUGCUCACAGGAGAUUCACCCUUCCAUGGUGCCGGGGAAGAAGGGGAUCUCAGGUCCUUGUUUACCGCCAUCGCCAGGGCGGAUUAUGUCAUGCCAGAUACACUUUCGAGUGAGGCUCAAGACCUUAUCCGGAGGAUACUGGUUCCUGACCCGAAACGGCGACUAUCAAUCGAAGCAAUCUGGAGACAUCCGUUUAUGCACAAAUAUGAUUCUAAUCCUGCUCUUGGAGGUGAGAAAGCGAAGUUCGAGCACUGGGUUGGUGCGCGGCCUUCGCUCACGGCCAUGGGGUGGGAACCUUUGGAUAAGUCCACCAUCGAUCGCGAGAUCUUCCGUUAUUUGCGAACGCUUUGGCAUAGUGAGAGCGAAGAAGUGCUUAUGACGCGACUAUUGAGUGAUAAGAAUAAUGACGAGAAGUACUUUUACUCCGCUCUGGCCAAGUACAGGAACGAGCAACUUGAAGACUAUUCGCCUGGCGCGCAGGCUAUAUCUUACUCUACUAGCGACCAUCACCAUCAUGUACAGCCUCCUCGUGAGCGUGAGCGCGUACAGCGGUCCCAAUCGGCUUUUUCGAUCCUGAACGACGAACACAUGUAUUCCAAGCACAGCUUCUAUGAGCCGCCGCCGUCCGAGGCCAGCUACGAUCCUUUCAGAGCAUCUCGAGCUCCCCUGAUGCCGCAGAAAGCCCGGAGCCUCAAUCAGAACAUCACGGUUCACCGUGGAUCAGGAUCGAGCUGCAGCAGCCGGAAACUGCGGCCCGCUACCGCUCUCGGCCACUACAGGACAGGCAGUUCACUGCGUAUCCAGACUCUAAGGCAGAAUUCGAACCGGCAAAGCUCUGCGGUUUCUCGCGGCUCUUCCAAGAGAAGCGGUCUGUCCUCUGUGAGGUCUGGUCCGUCUACGCGUUCUCAAAGGUCUGCUGUAGUCGCGCGAAGGUCGGUGUCGAGGUCUUCUAUGGCAACCUCGCACUGGCCUAGCAGUCCACCUGUCUUUCGGUCAGGGUCACGAUCAGGUAGUGCGAGACGCCGCGUGAGCUUCUCUCAUCCUGGACAUUCAUCCGUCUGUUCUACGCCUCGAGCUCCUAUGACGGAGACACCCACUCCCCCUAAUCGAUUUGUGUCGGUCAAGGCAGCCAGUCCUUUGAUACCACGGGUGAGGAUGCGCAAACCCGACAGUCCGAACAAGUAUAUCCAGUCAGAGGCCCGAAAAGUCAGCAUGGAGCUGGGGAAAGUUAUGGAAGAGGCAUUCAACCGCUCCUCACUGGAGGUUGGUUCAAGCGUUCGGUCCAGCGUCGCGGAACCGAAGGGCACAUAUGGAUCCGGGUGUGACACGCCUCCCACUUCCCUGUCCACUGCCAGAGACUCAACUGGAAGCAAUUUCGUUACACCAUUGAACAACUCGCUACGAUCCCGUCCGCUCCCGCCUAUCCCGGAUGAGACGCCCACCAGCUUUCUGCAGAGGAAGCUGGCCGAGACCCGUGAGCAGAUUGCCAUGCGUCUCGAACGGGAGGGUAAAGAUAUAAGUCAGUAUCAGGAGGCGUUGGACAACCUAGAUCGUCUUCUUCAACCCGUGAACAAUGGAAACAAGCGCACUUGUUCUGCCCCAACCAAGUCGCCAGAGUUGCCAGUUAUCUCAGAGGAAACGAAGACAGACGGCGACCGGUACAAUUCUCGAGCUGUUACCGAUCCGGUUCGGCCACUUCUGCGAGGACAUCGAUCGGCUUUCGAGCAGUCGAAUACGAUACGUCUAGUGGACGAUUCGCCUGCUCAUGUUGCUCCCCUUAACAUUCGGAAGCGCAGCGGUGCAAGCACAGUGGCUCGGGGUGCUAAUGAAGGCCUGCGAUGGGCAGAGACGCCUCCUCGGCCUCAAAUACCGGGCCAGCCGAGGAAGACCAGCGAUCUCCGCGUGUUUCCACUUCCCAAUACGCAUCUUGCACCAGUAGCAUCUGUUCGACCUGACUUGAAAGAGAAGGAGAAAGAGAAGAGAAAGGAAAAGGAAAAGGAAGAGGAGGAGGAAAGAACGCUGAAGAAAAGAAAGUCCCUAUGGUUCCGUCGCAACGGGGAUGGUAAAGAGAAUGAACAGCCCAUUCAGCCGAAGCCUAGCACAGGACGGCUCCGCAUCCCUGAGGCAUGGCAGGGUUUGGAUGACCGAUUAGAAAGAGGGGCGGUUAACCCUCCAAAGACAGCCCAGUCCGACAGUAACAGCAGCGAAUUCCCAAUGCGCAAUUCUGCCACAACUGCUGGCAAACAGCAGACCAUAAAGGAACGCAAGAGCUUUCUGGGCCUCUUCGGCAAGAAGACAAAGGAGGAGAAAGGGAAAGGCUCGUUGGAAAUCCGAUCUGAAUUUAGCACUUCUUCCAUCUUCUCCGGCUCGGACUUCACUGAUGACGGACCUGGUGCUGCCCGCAGUGCUGGGUCUCACACCAACUGGUUUUACCGUUUCCUAAACAUCAAGCCCGCGAGCAGAGUUCUCUGUUUUCGCGUCAGCCGUGGUCGUGCACGCGGAGAUAUGGUCCGCCUGCUCCGAGAUUGGCAGCGCUUUGGCGUCCGCGAUGUCACGUACAAUCGUGAGGCGAAUACCAUUCACUUCAGAAUUGACAAAAACAAUCACUUGAAAAUCAAGCCCGUUAGCGUCGUCAUCGAGAUCUUCGUGGUUCUUGAGCACGGCCGUCGUGCCAGACUGUGUGUCGCCCGCUUCACACAGACCAAGGGCGCUGCAUCGAGCUUCCGCAAAGUUACCGAUAUCGUCGAGGAUGUCUUCCGCGCCCGCGAUAUGGUUGUUCAGGAUGAGACAAAGAGGGCUGCCAUGUGCGCGCUGCUGGGAGCAUAGGGGCUUAGGAGCGGCGCGAGUACGCCACGGCAUCGCGGCGUAUCGGGAUGGCAUGCUGGGUGUUUCAGUGCGGGAGAUCAAAUCCA